AUGGCACCACCCUCUGGGCAAACAACCUUCCAAACAACAGGUAACAGUGGUGCUGAAAAAUAUGCGAAUAUCAACUGGGAUGAACUUGGAUUUGGUCUAAUUCCAAUAGACUACAUGUACGUGAUGAAAUGCUGUGAAGAGAAGAAUUUUAGUGAUGGAAACUUAAUCCCCUAUGGGAACAUUGAGAUGAGCCCAUCUGCCGGAAUCUUAAACUAUGGACAGGGGUUGCUUGAAGGUCUCAAGGCAUACAGGAAGGAAGAUGGUUGUGAUGUUUUGCUGUUUCGACCAGACCAGAAUGCUCAACGGAUGAAGAAUGGUGCAGAGAGACUGUGCAUGCCAUCGCCAUCUGUUGAGCAAUUUGUUGAGGCUGUAAAGCAAACAGUCCUCGCCAAUAAGCACUGGGUACCUCCCCCGGGGAAGGGAUCACUCUACAUUAGGCCAUUGCUCAUAGGAAGUGGACCUAUUCUGGGCAUGAGUCCGGCACCAGAGUACACAUUCCUCAUAUAUGCAUCUCCAGUUGGAAAUUAUCAUAAGGGUCCUUUAAACUUGGUUGUUGAGGAUAAGCUCCAUCGUGCUACUCCUGGUGGAACUGGAGGCGUCAAGGCCGUCACCAACUACUCACCGGUUUUCAAAGCAAUGACCCAAGCAAAGGCCAAUGGAUUCUCUGAUGUCCUAUUCCUAGACGCUUUGACAGGGAAAAAUAUUGAGGAACUUUCAGCAUGUAACAUUUUCAUUGUCAAGGGUAAUGUCAUUUCAACCCCAGCAACACAUGGAACUAUUCUACCCGGAGUCACUCGAAAGAGUAUUAUGGAGAUUGCCUUUACUUUUGGUUACCAGGUCGAGGAACGUGAAAUUCCAGUAGAGGAUUUGCUUGAAGCUGAUGAACUUUUUUGUACCGGGACUGCUAUGGUUGUAAAUCCCGUUGCUUGUGUCACCUAUCACAACAAAAGGGUUGAAUACAAAACUGGAGCUGAAACGGUGUCGCAUAAACUAUAUGUUAUGUUAACAGGGAUUCAAACGGGUCGUAUUGAAGACAAGAUGGGGUGGACUGUCAAAGUUGAUUGA